GUGCCAAAAUUAUAUGUCAAGAGAGUCCCAAAAAAAAACAAGAGAGGGAGUCUAUAAAAGUCGACUCUUAAUAACAAAAUAUUUCAGUUUAUUACUGCUGCUUCAACCGUUUGUUGAUAUUCAAAAAAUGGAUUUGUACUAUUUGCCUGGUUCAGCUCCCUGUCGCUCCGUUUUAAUGGUGGGCAAAGCUUUGGGAAUUGAGUUUAACAAGAAGUUUCUCAAUACCCUCGAGGGGGAACAAUUGAAGCCAGAGUUUCUGAAGAUCAAUCCCCAACACACGAUCCCAACACUUGUGGAUAAUGGUUUUGCCAUCUGGGAAUCGAGGGCCAUUCUCACGUAUCUAGUGGAGAAAUACGGCAAGAAUGAUUCGCUCUAUCCUAAGGAUCCACAGCAAAGAGCACUGAUUAAUCAGCGUUUAUACUUCGAUAUGGGCACUCUGAAUAAUGCCUUUUUUGAGUACUUUAUACCUCAGUUCCGCUAUGGCAAGCCAGCCGAUCCGGAGGCUUUCAAGAAAGUGGAGGCCGCCUUUGGCUUUCUGGAGACUUUCCUGGAUGAAGAAGAAUUUUUGGCUGGCAAACAUUUAACACUGGCUGAUAUUGCUAUUCUGGCUACCGUCUCGACUCUUGUUGUGUCUGGCGUCGAUAUCAGCAAAUACAAGAAUGUGAGCAAGUGGUAUGCCAACACCCAAAAGAUAACACCUGGAUGGGAGGAGAACUGGGAGGGUCUGAUGCAGAUGAAGUCUUGGAUCGAUGCUAAGAAGGCUGCCAAAUAGAUGCAGUAUAUACUCUCUAGUAUUCAUUAAUAUAAACAAUAGAAUAAAUACAUUUAGCU